GACGUUUAGAGAAGUCGGUACUGAUUGGUCGUUCGGCUGCCUUUAGUCGGUAAACUUCUCUCCGCUGCUGUUCCGGGUUACCAGCAGCAGAAAAGAUUCACCAUGGACCUUGUCCUGAACGUUGCUGACUACUACGUCCUCACUCCGUAUGUUUACCCGUCAUCGUGGCCUGAGGACGAAGCCCUGCGGCAGAUCAUCAGCCUGCUGUUGCUAACCAACCUUGGGGCUGCCGUCCUGUACCUGGGCCUGGGAGCCAUCAGCUACUUCUUUAUCUUUGACCACAAUCUGAUGAAACACCCACACUUCUUGGAGAAUCAGGUUUGGAGGGAAAUCAAAUAUGCAAUGACCUCUCUGCCCUGGAUCAGUAUUCCCACCGUGGCCUUGUUUUUCGCUGAAGUCCGAGGUUACAGCAAACUGUACGACAACGUCAGUGACUCACCGCUCGGAUGGCCUGGGCUUUUCCUCAGUAUGAUCUCGUUCCUGCUCUUUACCGACAUGUGCAUCUACUGGAUUCACCGCUUCCUGCACCACAAGCUUAUUUAUAAGCUGUUCCACAAGCCGCACCAUCUGUGGAAGAUCCCGACUCCUUUCGCCAGCCACGCCUUCCACCCGGUAGAUGGCUUCAUGCAGGGGCUCCCGUACCACAUCUACCCCUUCCUCUUCCCUCUCCACAAGGUGCUCUACUUGGCGCUAUACAUUUUCGUCAACAUCUGGACCAUCUCCAUCCAUGACGGCGACUACCGCGUCCCCGGAGGUCUGAUCACCAUCAUCAACGGGUCAGCCCACCACACCGACCACCACCUCUUCUUUGACUGCAACUAUGGCCAGUACUUCACUCUGUGGGACAGACUGGGAGGCUCCUACCGGCACCCGUCGGCUCUGAUGGGGAAGGGUCCUCAUGAUCUGAUUCGCAAACUUCAAGCUGAGGGAAAGUUAAACGGUGACAGAGCGAAGGGGCAAGUGAAUGGACAGAGAGAAGUCACAUGUAAGGACGAGUAAUUAUUAAUAACCGCUGAAAGUGAUCACUAUUUUUGUAAAGACAGUUUGCUACACCCGAAUGGAUCGGAGAAUAGUUCAUGUAUGUGCCAAAUAAGCCAUGGUGAGACUUUGAAUUCUAGUGGAGAAGGGGCAUCAUAUUGGGAUUACUACAUUCCACCAGUCAUACCCACAGGUAGGAGCUAGAGUGACAUCUGGAACUGGGGUUAUUAUUUAGCAGUACUUGAUACAAUCUAAUCAACAAAAUAGUAUACACUAUAUAUAAUAGUAUAUAGUAUAGUAUAAUACUUGAGACACAACAAAAAGUUGGAGCUCCUGGAGCUGCUACACAAUCAGUGACAGAUAUAAACCAUAACUGGAAGUUUAACAUAAAGACUUUGAGCUGGAUUCACAGGAAUCAACUUGUGCGAAAGUUUCAGUAAUUAACGCAUCAGUGUCACUUUGGAUUGAAUCUGAAAAAUGUGCACAAAAGAAACGCUGCUAUUUUUUAAACUAUUCUUAUAAUUGUCCGUUCUGGCUACUCCACUAGGCUGACUUUGUUCCUCCUCUGUUAUAUACUUAGACAUGAGAGAUGCAACUCUGGAAAAUAAAUGUAUUGAGGCGAGUACUGCAUAAGCCUCUUAAAGCUCCAGGUUAGCUUAAAUUCUGCAAAAAAUCAUUUCACAUGUACAUAUCCACUACUGUUCAAAAGUUUGGGGUCACCCAGACAAUUUCAUGUUUUCCAAGAAAGGGUUUUUUAAUCAUCCAUUAGCCUUUCAACAUGAUUAGCUAACACAUUGUACUAUUAGAAUGCAGGAGUGAUGGUUGCUGGAAAUGUUCCUCUCUAUCCCUAUGUAGAUAUUCCAUGAAAAAUCAGCAUUUUCCAACUAGAAUAGUCAUUUACAACAUUAACAAUGUCUAGACUGUAUUUCUGAUUAAUUUCAUGUCUUAACUGGAAAACUGCUUUUAUUUA